AUGCAUGUAGCGGUACCACGCCGACAGAAAAAUCUUUCGAUAGUGAUAUUGAAAUUUUUAAACUCAGCGAAAAUUAAGCAGCUUUUGAUGCACGAGGAGCUUGGAGACCGUAAGCCCUCUCAAUUUUUGCGCCACUUGAAGAGCCUUGCUGGUGUCAAUGUUCCUGAUGACUUCCUACGGACCAUUUGGGUUAGUCGUCUCUCACAUGGAAUCCAGACAGUGCUCGCAGGCCAACCAUCUUCAACCUGCAUCGACGAUCUGUCAGAUUUAGCUGAUCGUAUCCACGAGUUAGCUACUCCGUCACCCACGGUGGCGUCUGCCAGCCAACCCCAAACCAGUUCCAGCUCAGCAGUUGAAGCACUAACUAAAGAAGUCGCCGAACUUCGGAGACAGUUCCAGCAACUAGCUUCAGAAAGAAGAAGUAGAUCCAAUACCAGAUCCGCAAGAUCAUCUCAGCGCAGAUCGGCAUCCAGGUCUAAACGAUCGCAGUCGAACUUCAGGAAGUACCCAUAA